UGAUUGACUGUCUGGCCAGAUGAUGAUGACAGAACUGAAGUUCAUUUCCAUAAGAUGAAGGUGUACAGCCCAGAAAUGGAGCAAGAAAAGUGUGUUUGGACUAUGGAAGAACAUCAAACAAGCAUGAAGACACCCUCAUGCUCAUGCCAUGCACUUGAUCGAUUAAAGCCUCGUCUGUUGCAAACCCAAUUCAGAAACACAGAUAAUGGCCACUCUCCCCUUCAACCUCCUCCUCCUCCUCCACGUCUCCUUCUUGCCCCUUCUUCUCAUAGGGAUCCCCGCUGCCCUCUCGCAGGAGCCCGCCUCCUCAAGCCCCGCGGUUGCCUCAUGCCAGCCUCGGCUUCUGUCGCUGGCCCCCUGCGCUCCCUUCGUGCAGGGCGCUGCCCUGUCGCCGUCCGAGCCAUGCUGCGACAACCUCGGCCAGAUCUACACCCAGCAGCCAAACUGCCUCUGCCUCCUGCUCAACGACACGUCCCUCGUUCCUCUGCCUAUCAAUGGCACACGGGUUCUCGAACUCCCCCAGCUCUGCAGCCUCCAAGCUGAUGCCUCUUCUUGCUCAGGCCUAGGAGCGCCUGCAUCUCCAAGCGCACCAGGUCCACAGGUCUCUGUAGGAGCGAGGAGGACCAACAACUCCACGGUUGCUGCUUCGCCGGUCGUGGAGGUGACGCCGAGACCGAGCAUCAUCAGAUCUGGCCCUGGCCUGAGCAGCGGCACGAUGCUGGAUUGGGAAGGCCGGCCCACCUUUCUUGUGGGGUCUGCGGUCGCGAUCUUGUUGUUAGCACAAGUGUUCUAUUGAGGAUUUACCUUUAAUAAAGUUUGGUAUUAGGAGUGCGCACGAAGGAUUAAUCUAUGCCGACCGAUUUGUGGAGUGCUAUUACCGGUUAUUGUUCCUCCUUUAUACGAGAUUAUUCGCGUUUAGCUUUUAUAUUUCGGGAUUUCUCAC